AUGUCAGAAACAGAUUUGCAACCAGGACAGAAUCUCGCUCACUUGUUACCCCCAUCAUGGAAAACAGAAGUUUCAAGAUGGUAUGCUGAGGACACACCUUCUUUCGAUUGGGCCGGAUUUGUCGUGGGCGAAGAAGAACAAGAAGCUUUCUUAUGGGGCAAAAGUGGGGGUGUUUUAGCAGGUGUACCGUUCUUCGAUGAGGUGUUUAAACAAGCUGAAUGCACCGUUGAAUGGUUACUACCUGAAGGAUCAGUCAUUCAAGAUAACACCAAAACAAAAGUAGCGAUCGUAAGAGGUAAAGCUAGACAUUUACUCUUGGCUGAAAGAGUUGGAUUGAACACUUUAGCAAGAUGUAGUGGUAUUGCAACUGUCUCGAGAAGAUUUCGGGAUUUGGCAAGAGCUGAAAACUGGAAAGGAGUAGUAGCAGGAACGCGAAAAACUACACCUGGAUUUAGAUUGGUAGAGAAAUACGGUAUGAUGGUUGGUGGAGUAGAUCCUCAUCGACAUGAUUUAUCAAGUAUGGUAAUGUUGAAAGAUAAUCAUAUAUGGGCUACUGGUUCAAUCAAAUCAGCUGUUCAAGCCGUUAGGAGAGUAGCUGGAUUCUCAUUGUUGGUCAAUGUAGAAUGCCAAGAUUUCAAUGAAGCAGAUGAAGCCAUUUCAUCAGGUGCGAAUAUCGUAAUGUUGGAUAAUUUGGUGGGAAAAGAACUGCACGAUGCUGCUAAACAAUUAAAAGAAAAAUAUAAAGGUAAAAGAGAAUUUUUGAUUGAAACUUCAGGUGGUAUCGUUGAAGGUAGUCUAAGAGGUAGAAUUGGUCCAGACAUCGAUAUAUUAUCAACUUCAGCCGUACAUCAAUCUUGUCCACAUGUCGAUUUCUCACUCAAGAUUCAACCCAAGAAAAAAGCAUGA